AGAUAUAUACGGUUUAAAACAAAAGAACAUAAAAACAGUAAUUACGACUGCAUGUGGCUUAAACAUAUCGUAUUAAACAUAAGAUGAAAUAAUACAUAAGCAAUAUAAUAUACUUGAUUCUGAAAACCAAAACAUAGCAUAAUAUUUUGAAAAACAAAUAAAGAUAUAGAAGAAGGAUUAAAAAGAGGAAGUGUUCUUGUACAUUGUGCAGCAGGAAUGAGCAGAAGUAGUACAGUAGUAAUUGCUUAUUUAAUGAAAAAUAAUAAAACUAAAUUUAUUGAUACUUAUACUUAAGUCAAGAAUAAAAGAAGUAUUGUUUGCCCUAAUGAUGGAUUUGAAUAAUAGUUAAGAGAAUAUGAAAUUCAACUAGGUAUCCAUAAAGAUCAAAAGAAAUAAAAGACAUAGAUACUUUAAUAAUAAUAACAAAAUAAAUAAUAAUACUAAUAAGAUUAUAAUUCUCAUACAGGAUAAAGUGUGGAUAAUUUAAUAGGAAAUAUUAAUGGUUUAUUAAAUAGAGUUCAUGAUAUUAAAGUAUAAGAAAUUUUUAAAAAGAAUAAUUUAAAUAAAUUAAAGCCUUUAAAAAAUAAGAAUCUUAUAGGAGAUUUAAAUUUAAAAGACGAAGUAAAUAAUUUGAUUUUUAAAUAAGUUAAAUAAUUAUAAGUAUAAUAAGAAGACUUAAUUAAAAAAACCCAU